GUGGGUCCUGCGUGUGAUCGCUCUGCGCAGUGCGUCUCGCGCCGAGACGCGCAGCUCCCUACUGAAGGCAUCUCAACACCCUGCACACCGGCCAUGUCGUCCUCCACCCGCGUGGCGCUGGUCACCGGGGCCAACAAGGGCAUCGGCCUCGCCAUCGUGCGUGACCUGUGCCGGCAGUUCAAGGGGGACGUGGUGCUCACGGCGCGGGACGAGGCGCGGGGUCGGGCGGCCGUGCAGCAGCUGCAGGCGGAGGGCCUGAGCCCCCGUUUCCACCAGCUGGACAUCGACGACCUGCCGAGCAUCCGCGCCCUACGCGACUUCCUGCGCAAGGAGUACGGGGGGCUCGACGUGCUGGUCAACAACGCGGGCAUCGCCUUCAAGACUGCUGAUACCACACCAUUUCACAUUCAAGCAGAGGUGACUAUGAAAACAAACUUCUUUGGCACCAGAGAUGUGUGCACAGAGCUCCUGCCUCUCAUGAAACCCCACGGCAGAGUGGUGAAUGUAUCCAGCUUUGUCAGUGUCAACUCACUAAAGAAAUGCAGCCCUGAACUGCAGCAGAAGUUUCGAAGUGAGACCAUCACAGAGGAAGAGCUGGUGGGGCUCAUGAACAAGUUUGUGGAAGACACAAAGAGCGGGGUGCACAGGAAGGAGGGCUGGCCCGAUACCGCAUAUGGAGUGACGAAAAUCGGCGUCACGGUCCUGUCCAGAAUCCAUGCCAGGAAACUGAGUGAGCAGAGAGGAGGGGACAAGAUCCUCCUGAAUGCCUGCUGCCCAGGGUGGGUGAGAACCGACAUGGCAGGACCCAAAGCCCCCAAAAGCCCAGAAGAAGGAGCAGAGACCCCCGUGUACUUGGCCCUUUUGCCCUCAGAUGCAGAGGGGCCUCAUGGAGAGUUUGUUUCUGAGAAAAAAGUGGUGCAAUGGUGAGCUCCACCCAUGGGUCCAUUUAUAUUGCUAUCCCUGACUCUCCAAACAGACACUGACAAAAGUAUCCCUAUGCAGAGAAAAAGAAAAAAGAAUCAAAGUAUCCAGAUCAAUUUCUCACUGGGAGAGGGCUGCUAAUAUUGUAGAGAGUUUUGUGAUUUCUUCUGUGAUCCCAGAGGAGGAAAAUUGGGAUGGAUGACAAAUAAUAAAAAUAAAUAAUUCUUUAUAAAUGUU